AACAUCUACUACUGGUUCGAGUUUCUGAACAUGUUCCAAGCGAUGACGCUGGAGAUCCUGAACAUGGUCCUGUCGGAGAGGGGAGGAACUUUCGAGGAUGACAUCCAGAUAUUCAUCAUGAUGCCUUGUGUUGGGUAUGCUGCGUUAGCAAUGAUCAACUGCUACAAGAUAGUCUCUCAUAGAGAAGUCUACGAAAACCUCGUGAAGGAGCUGAGAGACAUGUAUCCCGAGGGAGAGGUGACGGAGGAAGAGUACCAGGUGGUCAGCAAGGCUACCACACGAGUCAAUUACGUAGUCAAAGGUUACUACUACAGCAACGUCAUCCUACUGAUCGCAUACAUGAGCCGUCCCUACGUGGCCGCUCUGAAGGGCCUCCUGCUGGGCUACCAACCCCCCAGGGAACUCCUGCUGCUGUACUACUUCCCCUUCGACCCUUACAAGCCAGUCGUGUUUGAAGUCAUCACCGUAGUGCAGACUUGGCAAGGUGUGGUAGCGGUGUUGUCGCUGCAAACCGGCGUGAUGAUGUUUUGCAUCCUGCUCUGCCACAUUUCCAUGCAGUUUGACCUGCUCUCUAUAAGGGUCCAGAGGAUGUUGCCUGUUACCACUGAUAAGCAACUGCCUUCUUCGUACCCAUUGAGCCAAUAUACUAAAAUAUACAAGAAAGAUAUAUCCACUGACGACGAAAUGGAUAAGAGAGUGCGUCAAGAGUUGAACGAUAUCAUCGUCAGGCACAGAGCAUUGAUCAGGCUGGCUGGCACCGUGGAAGACCUGAUGAGCCUACCCCUACUCCUCAACUUCUGCAAUAGCACCAUCAUCAUCUGUUUUUGUGGAUUCUGUGCCGUUAUAGUGGAGAAAGCCAGUGAAGUGGUGUAUAAAACCUUCUUGCUUACAUCUCUGAUGCAAACUUGGCUACUUUGUGCCUAUGGUCAUAGGCUGAUGGAGUCUAGCGUUGACUUUUCCGAUGCCCUUUACAAAUGCGGCUGGUACAGAGCCACAAAGAGGAAUUGCGCUACUUUAUUCAUAAUGAUGCACAGAUCUCAAAAGGCAGUACGUGUAGUGACUUAUGGGUUUCACACAGUUUUAUGUUUAGCCAGUUACACGACUGUCAUCAAAACAGCUUGGUCUUACCUGUCUCUGCUGCUAAACGUCUACAACAAAAAAUAGAGAUUAAAACAACAAAUGUACGUUGUUUCUAAAAUUAAUAUUUAUUUAUAGGUACAAUAUAACAUAAUUAUUAUGUUCUGUUCCACAAUGUUGUAUCACUAUUUUUGUUAAUUCCAACAAUUAAUUAAUAAAUUUCACUGACAUGUAAUCUCAUCAAUCUACUUUCUUUUUCCUUCUGAAAUA